AUGACCACCGCUCCAUACCUAGGCGCCGCGCUGUGUUAUGACGCGUCACGCGUGGGUCGGUACAAGAGUGCCUGCCUGGCGGUGAACGAGAUCGGGAACGCAUGGCAGAUCCACGGCCGCGAGUUCGACUGCACAGGGAUCCUGAUGCACAACUUCUACCUCGCCCUCGUGGAUGCGGGCGAGGUCAACCAGUGCGUCUGCAAGUUUGAGAACACGGGAACAGAAUGGGCGUUCGCGGGCCACUGGGGACCGUGUAACGGGGCCUGCGUUGGCAAAUAUGUCUGUAACGGCAACAAGCCCGUUGUGGUCAGCGACAGCGUCGUCGAACGCGCCACGCCCUCCAACGCGACCAGUUCGACUCCGUCCUCCUCGACUUCUCUCGCUGCGCCACUCACGGUCGGCUGGAAGAUGAUGGUGCUCGUCGCCACGGCGUGGUUGUUCAGUGGAAUUGCAUGA